GAAAGCAUCCACCUCGAACUGCAGUUCUGUCUGUCAACACGGUCGACUCACGUAUUCUGUCUUCGAGUGAGCUAGCCUGAGUGAAGUUUGUCGACUCCCUGCAAACAUGCCGAGUGAAGGAUUUGAAUCCGUGGCAGCUGUCAAAGCGAAACUGGCGCCGUGGCGUGAGAUUGUUCUCCUGACGAAGAAGCUGCUGUCUUGGGACAAACCGUUCUAUCCCGGCGUCAUCGCAGGGGCAACGACCUUCAUCUUCCUGAUUUUGUUCUGUCUCGACAUGUCAAAUCUGACCCUGUUCCCGCUCCUGAUUGCUCUGGUACUCAUCGCUGAUUUCGGAGUUCCAUUCGUUGCGCCAAAGAUCUUUGAUCCCUCGAAAUGGACUGGUCCCCAAGAACAAGAAUUCGAGAAGAUUUGCGAAUGUAUCUCGAAGGCGUCAUCAGAGCUGAGUGGGGUAUGCAGUUCGAUCUGUGAAACCAAGGACAAAUCACCGAAACUGUUUUUGUUGGCAGCACUCACAGUGCUCUUGUCGCUGUCAUGGGUGGGAUCGUAUCUGAAUGGUUUCUUCGCUGCUUGGGCCCUCACGCUGACUGUCCUCAUGAUCCCCGGACUCAAGAAGAACGGAGCCCUCGAUAAGAUCAUUCAACUCGCGCUGUCGAAAACAAAGGUGCACUAAGCUCGUGGACAUCGACGACAACUCCCACAGCAGCGUUCAGUGCGGCAGGAAGCCUAUCGCCACCUCGCGCCAGGAUAUUUUACGCACAGGUGAUAAGAGGUUUCCCCGACACAUCUGAACUCAUGGCCGAGUGAUGAGAGGCAGACUGCACACUAUGAUAGUAUACCCGAAUAUUGACUGGGACGAGUGUACCCUCUAACAGCAUUAGACCUAGGAGACAGCAGGAAUAGGAAACUGGGAAGGAUAAUUGGACGGGGCGACUUGGAAUUAGGAUAAGGGAGACGACGAAAAAGCCGUAGCCUGCUAGGCUCAGACCUAUCUCCAGUGCACCCGCACUCAGUAUGCUCACCUGUUCACUCAUUUUCUUCGUUUAGAAGAUUACGUUCAGCUGUGAUUCGACCAAAUCGCUAGCGUUUCGGUUGUGGAGCCUUACACUUCAACCAUUCUACAGCACUUGGUUCCAGAUAUUUAUGAUAUGAUAUAAUUUUCCAUUUUGGUGAUUCUGUAAGAUUCCCAAUAUAGCAGUAUUCUAGUGUAGGAGCACUCCCAUCUUUCCCAUAGCUAGUUGUCCAUCGUCCGAAGUCCGAACUUCAGAUUUUCGUCCGGACCCCCUAGCUCCACGGUGUAGAUAAGUCCCCAGCGUGUGGAUUCCGAUCAUUCGACAUUUUUUCCGAUUCCUCGGUUGUCUCCCGCGUCUGCUAGACGUUUCUGAUAGUUGGUUGUGAUCAUCAUGUCCGGGGAACGAGUCUCAGAUUCUUAAAUCAACGCCUUCGAGCUUGCGCUACGACAUUUGGACAAGACCAGCAGCGGAGCGACAUGAAUCUCGAAAAUUUAAGUCCGAGCGAUAACUCCGGAAUCGGGCAGAACGGGCUAAAUCAUGGUCAAUCCAGGUUCAGAAUCUAAUUCCAAUCAGGCAGCUCCGUUUCACUCGAUUGAGUCGAUUGUGAGUUCCGAUUAAGAUUCUGGCGUGAAUGCGGCAGAGCGAACGGCGCCGGCGAGAACACGGUCGACCGGAUACUUAUCACACGUCUAGGACUCGUUUUUUUUGGUCGGAGAAGUCGGAUUUCAACGCUGCAUUAUGAUCUCCUCGCUCGUGGGAGCCUCCCCCUUUCCCCGCAGUUAAAAUCAAGAAAAAGACAAGAGCCCUGAGCGUGACGUCGUGU